AUGAGUGAUUGUACACAAACAAUUGAAUCUACAACACUAGAAAAUUCGAGAAAGAGACCCAGGCAGCCGGCUAAGUGGAAAUGUAUUAUUAACAAGAAAUCAAGAUAUUCUCCUCAGUUACCGCAAUACCCGGAAUGCAACCAUAAUAAGAAAUUGAUGCAAUGCAAACAACUCACAAUGGCAGAUAUUCUCCACUUCCAUAAAGCAUUAUAUCAAUCAGAUAACAAGAUUGAUCAAGAUAACUUUAUAAUUAAAUUUUGUUCAGUCUACAAACCUAAACGCCCUAAUCCAUAUCUGAAUGAACCAAGGAAAACCCUGACAUCUAAAUACUUCAUUAUAAAGAAAAAUGAUGGUAUAAUGAUACCAGUAUGUAGACAGACCUUCUUAAAAGUACUUGGAAUUAAAAGAGAUAGGGUGCAAGGAGUACUAGCGCGACAUUUUCACGCAGAUGGAAAGACUGCGAAAGAAAACAGAGGCGGUGAUCAUAAAAGUCAUAAGAAUACCGAGCGGAAAAGGAAGGUUCAAGCUAUUGCUAUUGUGGUAGGAUCUUCAACAGAUAAACUGCAGAAACAAAACGUUCAUUGUUACCACUGGAACGAAUCGCAGCUUCCAACAGGGAGUAAUGAAAUUGCUAGUGCUAUUUACCACAGGUUAGUCAAUACAGAUAUGGAAAACUUUACUACCCUCCGACUCAUUGCCGAUGGGUGUGGUGAGUUUUUGCACAAAUUGAUAAAAAAAAUACGCAAGAAAGAGGUGAUAGUACAACCUGAAGAGUAUGUAAACCUUAUUGAGGAAAACUUCACUGCGUGGAACUUAGCAGACCCUCAGACAGUUACUGUAUACGACUGGCGUAAAGAAUCGAAAAAGUAUCUGAAACCACCUGGAUCUUGGCAUUUCCAGUUUAAUCCUUCAAAAAGAUUUUUCCUGAAGAAGACCAAAAAUGGUGUCAGCGUCCAAGGCGAAGUUAAUUAUAAAAGUGAAUGUAGUAUUCCGCGGGCUGUCAACAAAAAAGGGAGUGGUACUCCUAACUCUAUCAAACCCUCAGUAGUAACAGUGGGUAAAAAAAUUAAUGACAAAAAGUUAAAGAGUAUCGAUGGACUACUAAAGAAGCACUACGGAACGAAUAAACCUUGGAAAGAUCUGGAACAACUCAACUUCUACAAAGAUUUAAUUCAAAAUUUUGAUGAGAAUAAUCUCGAAGAACCAAUUCCAGAAGAUGAUUUUUCAUGUGAAUAUGCUGAAGAAAUUUAUUUAGCUUUUUAA